CGCCCUCCUUUCCCCUCCCGCAAGCGAGAGCCCCCGAACAAAUCCCCCGCACGCCUCCGCAGCCGACGAUGUCCACCGCCGCGGACGCCGACGCCGACUACUCCAGCUCCGGCGGAUCCGUGAUGCCCGACGUCCUCGCCAAGGGCCGCGAGGCCUGCUACAAGGCGCGGGAUGCCUUCUACGCGUGCGUGGAGAAGCACGCGGACAAGAAGCCCACCGAGAUCGCCACCAUGGGGCUCCUCUACCCCGCCGACUGCAAGAAGUCCCGCGCCAACUUCGUCAGCAACUGCCGCCCCACCUGGGUGAAACACUUCGACCGGCAGUACUGCGCCAAGAAGCGCGUGCAGAGGCUGCUCGACGGCGACGAGGACCGGCGGGGCCCCAUCUCGCUUCCCCAGCCCUACACCUUCAAGCAAUAGGUACUUCAUGCUAUGGUUGACAAACCUGAUGCUUGAAUAAUGUUAGCCAUUGGCUGUAACAGAGGAUCAAUUUUUUUGACACUGAACAGCUAUAUGAUCUAUCGAUUUCAUUAGAAGAUGAACCUGUAUUAUAUGGCUUCAGAUGGAUAUGUAAAUCAAUCAUUUGAUGUUUUGUUUAUCUCCUUUUUAUUUCUUUCUAUAACAAAGAUUUUUCAAACAGUCACUUGUUCAAUCAGUUAUAUCCGUAUUUUCCUGUA